ACGGCCAGUACCCAAUCACGCCGUGCAGGCGAAGGACACAGGCCGGCACAAACUGCACCCUCCAAAUAUGGCAACAAUGAAUAUUUUCACAACAGAAAAGAUCUUCUUUUUGCCCAAAUCCCAAUCUCAUCUCCCUCUAUAAUUCUUGCCCUUCCUCAUCUCCAUUCUUCAUUCCUUAUUCGCUCUCCAGUCCAUAAGCGCAAUCCUCUCUCUCUCUCUCUCGGAUCGCGAGCCUGUUUUUUUUUUUAAUUUCUACUUCAUAAACUCGUUGGUUUUUUCUCUACGAUUCUCAAUUUCAAGUACCAGCACCUUUCGAUCAUGGGUUUUCGAUCUUUCUUCUCCCGGAAGAAGAAAUCCAACUCGUCCGCCAACAACACGCCGGUCGGAUCGGGAUCCGAGUCCGCGAGUUUGAGAUCCCAUAUUGAAGAGCUCGAGCUGGUGUUCAAGAAAUUCGACGUGAACGGAGACGGGAAAAUCUCGUCGUCGGAGUUGGGAUCGAUUAUGGGGAGUUUGGGGCAGCCGUCGUCGGAGGAAGAGGUUCACAAGAUGAUCGUCGAGUUCGAUGCGGACGGCGAUGGGUGCAUUGAUCUGGACGAGUUCAUCGAAUUGAACACGAAGGGGGUCGAUUUCGACGAAGCCCUAGAAAAUCUGAAGGACGCGUUCUCGGUGUACGACAUCGACGGCAACGGAUCGAUUUCGGCGGAGGAGUUGCAGGAGGUCAUGCGGAGUCUCGGCGACGACUGCUCGAUCGCCGAGUGCCGGAAGAUGAUCAGCGGCGCCGAUUGCGACGGAGACGGCACGAUCAGCUUCGAAGAGUUCAAGAUCAUGAUGAUGACGGGGUCGCGCUUCGAUACGUUGGAGUCCGAGAGACGCGCUGUGAAUGUGGAAUGAUGUUUGGUUCUUUCUUCGCCUUUAUUUUCCGCAUUUUAAAUUUCCCCAUUAGUCCCCUAAAGACAGACUUUUCCAUUUGUUUUUCUUCAGUCUUCUUGAUUUCUUCUCUCUUCCUCUGAAGCGUCUGUUAAGAUUGGUUACUGGUAUUAACUGUUCAUGAAAGAUUCUGUAUAUUUUCAGGUUCUGCGCGUGGUUUCCAAUGAAAUUGAAUCCUGUUAUUCUAA